GGGAAGGACAAGGGGACUGGGCACGGGGACCCCGGCCAGUGAGCGCCCGCGCCCCGGGGUCGCCCCUCGCUCGCGCUCUCCCGCCGCGAGCCCGGGCCGGUCUUGUUUCGCAAGGUGCUGGCCGCAGCCAUGAGCCAGGACGCCGAGCCCAGCGGCCCCGAGCAACCGGACAGAGAUGCCCGCAGCGUGCCCGGUGCCCCGGCGCCCCCGGCGCCCCCAGCGCCCCCAGGCCCGAGAGGGAUGCAGCCGCCGCCACCGCCUCCGCCCCAAGCCGGCCUAACCCAGAUCAUCCAAAAUGCCGCCAAGCUCCUGGACAAGACCCCGUUCUCGGUCAGUAACGCAAACCCGCUGCUUCCUUCGCCCGCGAGCCUCCAGCUGGCUCAGCUGCAAGCUCAGCUCACCCUCCACCGGCUAAAGCUGGCACAGACGGCCGUCACCAACAACACCGCGGCCGCCACCGUCCUGAACCAAGUCCUCUCCAAAGUGGCCAUGUCCCAGCCUCUCUUCAACCAGUUGAGGCAUCCGUCCAUAAUCAGCUCCCCCCAUGGCCACACCGGGGUGCCCCAACACGCAGCAACCAUGCCCAGUGCCCGGUUUCCCUCUAAUGCAAUUGCCUUCUCGCCCCAGGGCCAGACACGAGGCCCAGGGCCCUCUGUGAGUCUCCCCAGCCAGCCCCCCAAUGCCAUUGUGAUGCACCCUUUCAGCGGGGUCAUGCCUCAGACCCCUGCCCAGCCAGCAGUCAUCUUGGACAUCGGCAAGACUGGGCCCGCCCCUGCUGCAGCGGGAUUCUACGAGUAUGGUAAAGCCAACUCGGGCCAGGCAUAUGGCUCUGAAACUGAUGGUCAGCCCAGUUUCCUGCCAGCCUCGGCCUCUACCUCGGGCGGCGUGACCUAUGAAGGGCACUACAGCCACUCAGGGCAAGAUGGCCAAGCCGCCUUUCCCACGGACUUCUACGGACCCAACGCCCAAGGGUCACAGGUGGCAGGUGGAUUUGCGGCUGAGCCGGCCGGGGGCUUGAAAGGCGAGGUAGGUCCGCUGCUGCAGGGUCCGAACAGCCAGUGGGAGAGCCCCCAUGGAUUCUCUGGCCAAAGCAAGCCCGACCUUAGAGCAGUCCCCAACCUGUGGCCUCCAGCCCCCAGCCAGCCCUAUGAGCUGUAUGACCCCGAGGAGCCCACCCCAGACAGGACCCCUCCUUCCUUUGGGGGUCGGCUCAACAACAGCAAACAGGGUUUCAGCGGAGCCUGGCGGCGGGCCACGGAGGAGCAGGCGAUGCUGUCUGUGCAGCCCUUGCAGGCGCACGAGCUGAAUGACUUUCACGGUGUGACCCCCCUCCACCUGCCCCACGUCUGUAGCAUCUGCGACAAGAAGGUGUUUGAUUUGAAGGACUGGGAGCUGCAUGUAAAAGGGAAACUCCAUGCUCAGAAAUGCCUGCUCUUCUCUGAAAACGCCGCUGUCCGGUGUGUACUCGGUUCCGCAGAGGGAACACUGUGUGCCUCUCCCAACAGCACAGCUGUUCAUAACCCUGCUGGGAAUGAAGAUUACUCCUCAAAUCUUGGAACAUCAUAUGCGGCCAUUCCUGCAAGGUCAUUUACUCAGUCAAAUCCCGCAUUCCCUUCAGCUUCCCCAGGGACAAAUCGGAAGACGGGUGCUGGCCGCGUGGUACACAUCUGCAAUCUGCCGGAGGGAAGCUGCACGGAGAAUGACGUCAUUAACCUGGGGCUGCCCUUUGGAAAGGUCACUAAUUACAUCCUCAUGAAGUCUACUAAUCAGGCCUUUUUAGAGAUGGCUUACACAGAGGCUGCCCAGGCCAUGGUCCAGUAUUACCAAGAAAAAUCUGCCAUGAUCAAUGGUGAGAAGUUGCUCAUUCGGAUGUCCAAGAGAUACAAGGAAUUGCAGCUGAAGAAACCUGGGAAAGCCGUGGCUGCCAUCAUCCAGGACAUCCAUUCCCAGAGGGAGAGGGACAUGUUCCGGGAAGCAGACAGAUACGGCCCAGAAAGGCCGAGAUCUCGAAGUCCGGUGAGCCGGUCAUUGUCCCCGAGGUCCCACACUCCGAGCUUCACCUCCUGCAGCUCUUCUCACAGCCCCCCAGGCCCCUCUCGGGCUGACUGGGGCAGCGGCCGGGACUCGUGGGAGCACUCGCCCUACGCCAGGAGGGAGGAAGAGCGAGGCCCGGUCCCCUGGAGGGAGAACGGGGAGGACAAGAGGGACAGGAUGGACACAUGGGCGCAUGACCGCAAACAGUACCCCCGGCAAUUGGACAAGGCCGAGUUAGAUGAACGGCUGGAAGGAGGGAGGGGCUACCGAGAAAGGCACCCGAGGUCUGGGUCCCCCAACCUGCUCCACUCAGCGUCGGGAUACAAAAGCCGAGAAGACGGCUAUUACCGCAAAGAGUCCAAGGGCAAAUCGGACAAGUAUCUGAAGCAGCAGCAGGAUGUCCCUGGGAGGUCCAGGAGGAAAGAUGAGGCCAGGCUGCGGGAAGGCAGACACGCCCCCGCUGACGGCUCGGGCAGGGAAGACGGGCUGGAACCGAAGGGCACCAAGUCGAAGCAGAGUGAGAAAACCAGAACCAAGAGACCUGAUAGAGACCAAGACGGAGCUGAUAGUAAAGAAAGCAAAAUGGCAGAGAAUGAGGCUGAAAAAGAGGAACAGGACAGCAUGGAAGAGAGCCCCCUGCAUCUGGGCAGGCAGGAGAAAGAAACAGAGUCCUCUGAUGCAGCGAACACAAAGGCAAGGAAGGAGCAAGAUUCGGAAAGUGGAAGUGAGGCAGAGGGGGAGAGCUGGUGCCCCACGAACAUGGAGGAGCUGGUUACAGUGGACGAGGUGGGGGAGGAAGAAGAUUUUAUCAUGGAACCGGACAUCCCAGAACUGGAGGAAACUGUGCCCAUCGAACAGAAGGACACAAUCUGUCCAGAGAUAUGUCCCUGUGUGACAACCACCUUAGACCUGGACUUAACCAAAGAGUUCUCCAAGGAGGGAGUCAAGACCGUAGGUAAGGAGGCUGCGGAAAUCAGCCUCGAGUCGCCCAAAGAACUGCCGUCUGCUUCCGUGAGCUGCCCCAGUGACGUGGACGUGGAAACGCCUGGCCUAAAUCUGGAUGUUGAGCAGAAGCCAGCUGAAUGCGAGACGGGCCUCGCACUGGAGGGCUCAGAUUGCUACGAGAUGCAGGCAAAGGGAGCAGAGAGCUCAGAUGUUCGUCUGGCCCCAACACUCCAGCAAAUGUCUUCCCCCAGGCCAGCAGAGGAGAGGGCCUGGCAGCCUGGCCCCUUUCUUGAUGACUGUAAGGCCAGGGGGACCCUGGAAGAUGGGGCUGGUGAAGGCAGCCCCUUGGAGGAGAAAGCCAGCCCCCUCACCGAAACAGACCUCCAAAGCCAGGCUUGCCACGGAGUGUCGACCCAGGAUAACUCCAGGUACAUGGAAAUGAAAUCUCUGGACGUGAGGUCACUGGAAUACGCUGAAGUGGAGCUGAAACAGCCCCUUUCUUUGCCUUCCUGGGAACCUGAGGAUGUGUUCAGUGAACUUAGCAUUCCUCUAGGGGUGGAGUUCGUGGUGCCCAGGACCGGCUUUUAUUGCAAACUGUGUGGGCUGUUCUACACGAGCGAGGAGAUGGCAAAGAUGAGCCACUGUCGCAGUGCUGUCCACUACCGGAACUUACAGAAGUACUUGUCCCAGCUGGCCCAGGAGGGCCUGAUGGAGACCGAGGGGGCAAGCAGCCCUCGGCCCGAGGACAGCGGAAUCGUGCCGCACUUUGAAAGGAAAAAGCUCUGACAUCCCUGCCACUGCUGCAAGCGGGGAGAGGAGGGUCUGAGAGAUGGGGCCUUCCCACCCUCCGGGACAGGAACUAAGGCCAGAGAGGAAGGAAGACCAGGCAGGCCACGUGGCCUGGGUCCGUCCUCAGAGACUCACGAGAUGCCCUUGCAGUGCCUGCCGGAGGCCUCACCGCGGUGUGUCCAGUCUGCUGAGGGGCACCCACUCGCUCCCUGUCGACUCCUGUUUCCUUCAGUCUUUCAGUUUGCUUCUCUCUUCCUCCCCAUCCCACCCCCUCCUUCUGUGCCCAGUGUCAUUUCCUUUUCAUAAAAUCCAACUUCUCAGG